CGCUCUGCCUACUCUCACUUUCACCCUCGUCUUCCACCACUCUUCCCUCGUCGUGGAGACUGAAGCCCACGACUGUUGUGUAGCGUUUCUCUCGGCGCACUUGUCAGUGUCACCGGCGCCACCUCGCAGGCUCGCAUCCCUCUCUUUUCCUUUAGAUCUGAUAUUCUCGCCGUUCCCUCCGUCAUCCACGUUCAGAUCCUAAGCUAAGAGCAUUCCUAGUGAGCUCAGCAAAACCCAUUUUAGCCAAAUUUUUACCGAGUGAGCUCAAAAUGCCGCCUGCAGCAAGGUCAGUAGGGCUACAGUAAAUUUGCCUCUUUUCAGACUACUCGCCAUUAUUUUUCUUUAAAAUUUUAAUUCCAGGACUGUUUCGCGCUCUCAUUCUGUCCCUCUUCGUGCCAGUUUUGGUUGAUUGGGUGAGAGCUGGUGCUUAUAGAUCUAAGUUUGGUUGACACUGCGUUGCUGCUCUGCACACCAAGCUCCAAGCUACCGGUGGAACAAGACAAAAACACCUGGUUCGGGGGCCCAAUCUGCAAAAUCUAGGGCUUUUCAUCCGAAUCAUUUGAGGCCAUUGAAGUGGCGGGUUUGUAUGAUCAUCAAGGUAAGUGCAACCUCGAUCUGGAAUCUACAAGAUACUCAUGGAGAUUCAAAGUCAAUAGAUUAUUUCAGGGUUUACAAAAGCCCACGAUCCAACAGAUUUGCCAGCAUUUGAAAGAGGAAAAUUUUAUGAUCAUGGAAAAGCUGCUUAAACUAGAGGCAUCUUCUUCUCUGUCUCAAUCUAAAGGAAGAUUUGUAGAGAAUAGCGACAAAAUCAGCAAUCUUCCGACCCAUAUUGCUCAUCACAUCCUUUCAUUUCUUAUGAUGGAAGAUAUUGCACAAUUGAGUAUUGUGUCAAAGUUGUGGCAAGCAUUAUGCAUAUCUAUUCCGUCCUUGACUGUUGACGACAUGCGAUAUCGAGGCAAGGAUUAUAAACUAAUUCACUUCAAGAAUUUUCUUGAUAGGCUGAUGCUUCGACGCAAUGGAAUGAAGAUGGUGCAAUUUUGCGUUCGGUGGACUUUUCUUGAAUGGCAUUUUGAUGAAUAUCGUUUUUUGACAUGGUUGCAUAAUGCAGUAAGGUGUAAUGUUGAAGUGCUUUAUCUUGACCUUUGUAUAUUUCUUCCAGGAGCUUUAAAAAUGCCACUUUGUGUUUUGCAUUGCGAAUCGUUGAGGUUUCUAGCAAUGAGUUUGCAUGGAGGGGUUCUCCAACUACCGUCCUCAAGUGGGUUCACGAAGCUUCAAUCGUUAUCGCUAACACGUGUUCGAGUUCUUGACGAGCUUUUUGUGGAACGGGUCUUGUCUUCCUGCAAUUCCCUUGAUAAGUUAUGCCUUGAUGCCGUUAAUGGGAUUAAUGACAUUAACAUCCGGUCCUCGUCUCUAAAAUAUCUAGAAAUUAAGAGUUAUGAACAUGAUGACCUCUUCCAUCUUAAUGUCUUUGGGGAGCUACUUGAGGAGUUGAUAAUACAUUGGAAAUUUACUCCUUCUGGUGGCAGAUCACUAGAAAUGGCUACUCCCCUUCUAAAAUGUUUUACAUGGGGCGGAUUUGCUCCAGAUAACUGUCUUUUUGGGAACUUAAAUUGUUUACGUUAUUGUGCAUUAAGUCUUGAACAGCUUUCUAGCUCAUGGCCCCCGUACUUGGAGUUUUCCCACAUUUUAGAACCGAUCGAAGAACUAGUUAUACAUGCACAGUGUCUUAAGGCAUUAUUUAAGUCAGACAUGCUGCAGAUACCUUUGAAGCAUUUACAUACUUUGCGUUUAAACCUUAGCUCUUCAGAUAGUGUGGAUGGCGAUGUAUAUAAAGCAAUUGUCUUACUUACAAAAGGAGUGGCUAAUGUACUAGGCUUGUUCAUAGAUGUGAAGCCUAGUCCAAGGAAAAGGUGUGUAAGAGUGCCAGUCAGUCUCUCAAGCAGCUUUAUCGAGGUUUUGAACAAGCAAUCUAGGAGGCCGAAAUGAGAACAUAAGAAAGGAGUAGAGUCAUUCCCAUGAAAUAUCAUUUCAAUAAGUGUACUAGCACAUAGUUUGCAUUUUUCUUUGAACUUUAAUUAGGUCAUUGAAUAAUUAAUGUUGCUGAGACCAAAUGUUUCCUCAUUCAAUAAAUUUUUAUCAUGCAUUUAUUAUCACA